GGAAGAGUAACUAACCAAUAUGGUCAAUAAUUUAUGCAAAGAUAUAUAUACACAUAUAUUAUGUUACUGUUUCAGCUAACUCUAAGUGACUUUCAAAAAAAGUUCUUUUUAGGAUGAAACAUCCAGAAAACCAAUUGUAUUCAAAUUUGAACUAAGCGUGGGUUUGUAGUCAAAGCUAUACAACUAUCUUAUCAACUAACCUUUUUGGGAGACAGACAUGAAACUUAAACGAUUAUCCCUCUUUUUUGAUAGGUAGUUUGAAUGAGAAAUUGUAUGUAUGUAUACCUAUGAGUUUAAGCUAGAAUAUUUCUCAAUGUUUCAAGUUGAACUAGUGGAAAAUUGACCGAAUUUACCAAAAUAUUUCUCAUUACUGAUGUCUACAUUAUUGGCAUGAUUCAAUUCAAUGAUUUGAACUUUUAAUGAACAUAUCACUCUAUACAGACAAAUAUUUGGGAUCACAGAAAUUUACAACUUCCCAUCAUUUAUGUCAACGAAUUCAUCAAAUAGUAUUUCAUCCAAACAAGUAAAACAUCAAACUAUUCACAAUAAACGUACAAAGACCCCAAUCACUUCCAGAACAGAAGUUAGAGAGCCUUUGCAUCAGCUAGAGACUCUAAAGAACGAAAAUGCCAGAUAUAUUUGGUUAACAAGACAAACACAACGAAGUACACCUGUUUUGAACCAGGAGCGACAAUAUGGUCGGAUCAACUUAAUUUCCACACACCGAGGAGAAUCUCCAUCCAGAAGUGGGAAAAGUGAAACGUCUAGUGCAAGAGCGGAACACAGAGGAGGAUUAUUUAAUGUACAUAUGAACAGUGGAAUUAAAGCCCCGUAUUACAUAAUACAUCCGGAAUGGUUAAGUGAGACUAUGACAAUACGACAACUUGGGUUAUCACCUAGACCAACUCCACUGCCAAUAACUAACUGUCUAAACGACAACCAACUGAAUAAACGCAGUCAAACAACAAAUUCUAUUUGUCCAGGAUCUUCAAGGAGAAAUAUGUGUACAGAUUCAUUGAGCUUAGGACAACCAUCUUUUAACCGUUGUAGAAGUUUACCACCGAAGUCAAUAAAUCCCAUAACAUGGGACAGUUGCGGAAAUAAUCCUUGAAAAACUGACAGUGAAACAAUUGGUAAAUGAUUAUAUUAAAGAAAUAAGGGUUACAAAAAAAGAAAUUUAAUUCAUUAAGAAAAUAGAAUUUUUCACUUCAAA